ACACCACAGACAUCCAAAAAUGGCAAAAAUGUGUCGAUUAUUUGUUUUUCUCAGUCUUCUUGUUGCAAGUCUUGCUCUAGACUUUGAAAAACUCCGCAAUGAAUUAAUGGCCGAUAAAAACUUCAUCGAAUUGCGAGACAAAUGCUUGGAUAAAAUUGGUUUGAAAGAAGAAGAUUUGAAAUUCGAAGGCGACGAAAUUCCGGAAGAUUUGAUGUGUUUUGGAAAAUGUAUGCAAGAGGAAGGCGGUUUGAUCGAUUCCGAAGGUAACAUAAAUGAAGAAAAAUUGAAAAACCUACCACUGAUGUCACAAAUAAGUGAAGAAAAGAAGAAUAACAUUUUGGAGUGUUUGAAGGAGGUUGGAAAGAUUGAAACAUGUCAGGACUUUGGGAAGCAGAGAGAAUGCGCUCAUAAAUAUCUUUGAAUUUUUCUGUAAUUUCUAAAUAAAAUAAUGUGGGAAUUUAGGGUAGAUGCAA